ACACGGAUUACAAUUUUGCCCUCCUAAAACCGACUGCACAAUCUUCAACCUUGCAUCAUUCAGAUGUUGGUGAUUUUUCAUCAAAGUAUGCUGUGGAUGGUGUAAAAGCUGAUUCUUGUAAAACUGCAGGGGUUGCAUCGUGCGCACAUUUAAAUGGUAACAAAAACCAAUGGUGGCGAGUGGACUUUCAGGUAGGCAAUAAUAUACAGAAUCGGGCAAUAAAUAGUUUAAAAGGUGAGCAGAGUAAACAAAAGGAACCAAAUAGCCGCCAUAUUAGAUUGAUGCGCCACCACAAAUCUACUCAAGAAAUAAGUCAUUAUAAGGUUCUCUUUUCUUAGUCAAUUUGGCAGUCUAGGUCAAUUUUGUCUAGCUGUUCGAGAUUGCGAUAGCGGUUCUUCUUUGCACAGCAUGGGAACGUGAACUACAUUGAUAUCCCUUUUCGAUUCCAAGCUAGAACUGCUGGCGUAAUAAUUUACUGCUAAAUAAUGUACGCGUUAGGCGAUCCGUGUUGUCAAAAACGUCUUAAACUCUGUAAUGAAAACAUUCUUAGCGGGCGUUUUCAUCAGAUAUAUGACGUGUCCCAUACAUAUAUUUCAAGUAUAAUUUAAAAUCAGUCCGACAAAUCAAAGUCUUUCCUAAAUUUGUUGGUAGAACUUAAACAAGAACACGGGGACAAUCAUGGGGUUGGACAAGCGUGGUUGGUCCACCAUCAUAAAUUUGGGCAAGACCCGGCGAUUAUUUCAGACUUCACCAAUUAUUUUUUUAAAAAUAUAUUUACAUUUGUUCAAAAAUUGUUCCUAGAUUGUCAUACCCGUAGCUCGUGUUGUCAUUACGAGCAGAAAAGAUCAUUCCAGUGGCUUAUCGGAUUUUGAAAUCAAGAUUGGAAACAGUUUGGAAAACGAAGGACGAAAUAACACAAAAUGUGGAGAUCGACAUUCAGUACCACGUGCAGAAGCUAAAGAAAUUUCCUGCUCACUACCGUUGACUGGAAGAUAUCUUGUCAUUCAAUCAUUCCAAUCUGAACGUUUAGUCAUCGUUGAGGUCGAAGUAUUUGCUCCAGGAUUGCAAGUGGAAUAA